CCACAAUUAAUUACAUAUUCUCUGCUCGAUCUUCUUUCUAUUUUCUUAUCGAGGGAGUCUUUGGUUCAGAUAAUGGAAAAACAAUCGCUGCAGUACAAUGCUCAACACUCAAUCAAUCUCCGGAUUUACCCAAAAGAAAAGGGAAAGUAUAAAAUUCUCACCUCACUGUACAAAUUUGACUGUGAAUUCAGUUAUUUCUCUUUUCUGAAACAUAUAAAGGUUGUGAGGGAAAACAGAACAUGCUAGUUGCAUUUGGCCCAAUCACUGUGUGCGGAUUCGCAUGGAUUUGUCGUGGAGUUCUAACUUUGAUUUUCAUUUUCUAGUUUAUUUUCUUUGUACUUUCUUACAUGAUGUUAUAGCUGAUGAUACAACAACUCCGAGUUAUUGGUUGAAUUGGAGAUUCUUGGUGUGUGCAGUAUGGGUUGUGGUAGCCAUGGUGUUAGCUGCAUUUCUAAUAUGGAGACAUGAAGGGCGUAGGGAAGAUGAGCAUGAGGCAGCAGGGUGCUUGUAUGGCGAUGAAGUCUGGGGGACGUGCUCGAAAUCAAUCCAUCCCAGUUGGUUGCUUGCUUAUAGACUACUUGCUUUCUCUGCCAUGCUUGCGCUGCUUCUAGCUAAUCUAAUCACCAGUGGUUCUGUAAAAUAUUAUUUUUACACGGAGUGGACUUUUACUUUGGUCACUUUUUAUUUUGGGCUUGGUUCUUCACUCUCGAUUCAUGGCUCUCUGCAUUGCCGCCAUGAAGUUGAACAGGAUAUGGAUAGUUAUAUAUCAGCCAGUGCAGAGCAUGGCUCUUAUGUACCACCCCAACUUGGGGAGCAUGAAGAUAUGCCCAGCCAAACUAGAAGCUCAAAUUGUCGUGACGAACCUAAUUGCAGAACUGCUGCUUCCAUAUUGGGCUAUAUCUUGCAAAUAGUAUUUCAGAUGUCUGCUGGGGCUGUGAUGCUCACUGAUUCUGUCUUUUGGUUGGUACUCUAUCCAUCUCUCAUCGCCAGAGGUUACAGAUUAAGUUUUCUAAUUGUCUGUAAGCAUUCUGUCAACGCCAUCUUUCUCCUUGGUGAUGCAAUUUUGAAUCGCCUGAGAUUUCCCUUCUUCCGCAUGGCGUAUUUUGUUUUAUGGACGUGCAUGUUCGUCCUUUUCCAGUGGAUUAUCCAUGUCUGUGUAUCAAUUAGAUGGCCCUAUCCAUUCAUGGACUUGUCGUCUCCGUACGCUCCUCUGUGGUAUUUAGGCAUCGGCCUUCUGGCCUUUCUCUGUUACGGAAUAUGUUUUUUCAUAUUCAGAGUAAAACAGUGUUAUUUAUCAAGAUAAAAUAUUCGGAUUGCUUGAAGGAGAGGUGGUGCGAUUUGGCUGCGGAUGGGUCCUCUGCAUUGCUUCCACAUUUGGAAUAACAUUGUUUAGUGAUGAGAUAUAUGUAACUUUUACUUACAAGCUCUGCUUCUCAUCUACUGUCACAUUACAGUUUUCUAAAUAGAGUCAGAUUAUACCAA